CAAGAAUCACCUUCAGUAUCACCUUAAGCACGUCUUACCUACUCUGAAUCACUCAUCUAUCCUCGAAUAAGCAUCCUCAACCAUGAUGGCGCCAACAUUACUCAACUUCGGCCUCCUCCUCCUCGCUCAGCUACACCUGACUUGGGCCCUCGUCCCACGCGCAUCGGCCACGUCAUCAUUGGCUUCAAACCAGCCACAACAGACGGGUACUGCCAUCAAUUGCGCCCAGUUCGAGACAGUUGUAAAGGACCAAACAUGCGAUAGUUUCCAAAACUUCGGCCUCGACCGGGAUCAAUUUAAGGCCCUGAAUCCACAGAUCAACAAGGAAUGUAAAAACCUUAUUGCCGGUGAACGCUACUGUGUGAAAUUGGCCGUAUCCAGCAGCUCUUCCAUCGACACAUCGGCGAAAACUACUCUCGCCACGGCGACUGCGAUGACCACGAUGACCACUGUAACCAAAACGACCACAACGAGCUCGGCGACCAGCUCGGUCGCCGUCGUCACGCCAAUCCCCUUCCAGACGGGAAUGGUAAAUAACUGCAUUGAAUUCUGGUACGUCACAGCAAAAGACACAUGCUAUUCCAUUGCUCAAGCAAGAGGAAAGACAGUUGGGGAUAUUACGAAGUGGAAUCCGGGUGUGAAAGAGGAUUGCAGCGAGUUGUGGUUGCACAACAACAUUUGCACAGGCGUAUCGGCUUGAUUUUAUAGUACCUAUCCAAGUAUCCAUGGAAUGGUAGGGUGAAUAGUGGUGGAUUUGUUUCAACAAUCUGUUUGAUGAGAAUAAGGGAAGGCAACUUUGGGUGCAACGUCAUUCAUUUACACUACAAGGCGAAUCGCCGUCCGCUCUCUUGGUUCUAACAUUGCGCAUAUGUUUAUGCUGGGUUUACUCAGCAAGUAUAGUUUUGCUUCCUCUAUCUAAGUUGGCUUCAAUAAAAUUAUCG